GAUGCAGAAAGAGCUGGAAGAGAUGUAGAUAAUGAGGCCAUGGUUUCCAUCCCAGUCUAUGCUACUUCGAGUCUUGUACUCUCUGGUAAUUCAAUUCCAGACACGCUUGUGAUAACAGAGGAUAGCAACGCAACAGAUGAAAAAGGACCUCUCAUGACACAUGUGAUUCGACUACAAAACAACGGCCCUAGCUUCAUCGGCCCCUCCUCCAUCGAGAUCCUCUGGCCAAUCAGACUCCAGGAUGGCAAGACGCUCAUGAACGUGACAGGCGUUACCAUGGAUACAGGGAUGCCAUGUACGUUUACUCCCAGGAUCAACAGAGACAGUUCGAAGCAGAACAACGUCACUACGUUCAUAGACGACGUUAGUAAUUCUACUAUUUACACGUUAUGGGCGGAUUGCGCUUCACUUCCAGAGUGCGUGGCCAUCCGGUGUCCUCUCGCCUCUCUCGCUACCGGAGCUGACUCGGCCAUCCUCAUCAGCGUGCAGUCGAGACUAUGGCAUGAUACAGUGUUUGCGGAGGAUGCAUCUUUCCUUCAUUUCAUCGAGAUUCUGUCCUCAGCUUCAGUCACAGUCAAUGGCACCGUGUACCCGGGGAUACCCUAUUCUCCACACCCCACUGCUACACCUCUAGAGAUCCAGACAGAAGUCCGGGUCCAGUAUGAGAAGCAAAGGACCAUUAUCAAGACCACGCCCAUUUGGAUCUAUAUCGUCUCCUCACUAGGCGGUCUUCUCAUCCUCAUCAUCUUCAUCGCCAUUCUAUACAAGGUGAAGUUCUUCCAGAGGAAACAGAUUAGUCAAGAACAGCGUGAGCUUCUGACCGAGCGUCGGAAGAGUGUCCGUCGUUCCAAGGCGGAGGCCCCUUCACCGGAUGACAUGGAAGUAUCGCCCCUACAAAGAGAUGGCUCCGUGGCAGGCCUCAUACAAGAGUAAUACUAAUCAUGUUAUAUUUAAAUCUUGGAGCUAUUUCAGUGGCGGAUCCAGGGUGCAAUGGGGCAUGUGCCCCCCCCCCCCCUCCUUUGAUAGAACAAAAGUCUCUUUUUUAUUUUUGUUUUGUAAGAACAAAAUUAUUUUGAAAAAGCCUUUACCACAUUGUUUUCGUAUACCCCCCCCCCCCCACCCUCGGUCGCAACCUCCCUUUCCGGCUAAAUCUAUGAACCAAUAAGAUCGCCGGAGAGAAUGCUAGAUCCGCCACUGGGUUAUUUAACACUAUUAAUCUGUCUGACAUGUUAGACAUGAAAUAAACGGCACUGGGUUAUUUUAGAUGUAUAGGGAAAUGUUACAUAUAGAAAACGAUCUUGUAAAAAAACAUGAAAGUAAUCAUAAUCACCUCUUGAACAUGAUCGCAAAGAUUUUCGAAAAAUGAACAUAUUAAAGGAAUUCCAAGAGUCUCAUUUAUCACUUACUGAUAUGUUUUAACAUAAGCACUAAUGAAUUCUGUAAUCUCUACGGGAUAUAAAAUUGGAUAUUGAAGUAUACCACCUUAUAAUUUUAUUGAACAAGCCAUAAUGUUUGUAAUACCUAGCAACAGUUAUUGUUUGUAAUACGCAUUCUGACUAUUAUUAAAAAUACAGUUAUUUGGACAAUGUGAAUGAAAUUAAUUUGUAACGAGGUACUUCACAAAACUGUUGUUUAUUAACUUUGAUUAAAUUGCGAAAAUGGCCAAUCGCCUUUGACUUCAUCUCUCAAGAAGUUUAGCGAUCGUGUUUCUGAUGCAGAUGACUAGAUUACGUCACUAACACUGCACCUUAGAGUUCUGCAUCGUCUUUAUAUUUUCAACUCAAAUGAUAAAAAUCUGACGAAAAGCAUGUCGUUCACCAACAUUACAUUUAGCCUUUAUAUCAUUCUUCAUAUUGUUUGAUAAUGAUAAUAAUGAUAAAUUUAACUUAUAUAGCGCCAAAUCCACUCUGUAGAGUGCUCAAGGAGCAUCUAGAAAUAAUUAAGAAUUAUUAAAACAGAAGCGUUCUCACAUGAUUUUUUUAAGGAAUCAAUUUAAAGGUUUGAAUAUGUUUUGUGUGUGUAUUUAUUUAAUUGUUGUGAUUAUUCUAAUAGCGAUAACUAUUCUGUACAGUACUAUUUUCAGAUGACGAUUGUAGUAAUAUAUGAAGCUUUAUAGCAAUCGAACAAUUGAAGAUGCAAUAUAAUGUUAUGUAGUACAUACGAUAUUGUGAUUGAAUAAUUGUGUUUGACGUUGAUAUUGUUCAUGUUGAUAGUUUAUACUAGAUUAAUCAUUAAUUAAUUAUUAAUUGUGAUGAAAAUAAUUGGUUUGAUAGUGUGUAUUACUUAUGAUGAUGCUGAUAAUGAUAUUGACGAUGAUGAUAAUAAUAAUGAUUAUGAUGAUGGUGAUGAUGAUAACAAUGUAUAUGAUAAAGAUUUAGUGUAGAUGCAUGUUCGAUUGAUUGGAAUCUUCACCACAAAAAAAAUCGUAACUAAAUCUUGCUGAAAAUAAUGCUGUUAUCAACUGAGAACCCGCUAUGCCCUUGAUAUGUAAUCGACAUAAUACAAUACACAUUUUAUUGGAAGCCAACCCCAACAAAACGUAAUCCAUUGACAACAGAGUUAUCUUAUUGUUAUAGGCUACAUGCAGGAAUGGGUCCACCCGGUUCCCGGGGCAAUGGAUUAUACGGCAUACAAUAGAUUAUACAUGUCUGAUUUUUACCCAAGGAAUUCUAUUAUACAGUAGAAUAUUACUUGCAUUUAAGGUCAACAUAAGAACGGAAUAUUGUUAUUAUUAUCAUUUCACUGAUAUUGGAGUACUAGGGGUUUGUUAAAUGUGAUGAUUUCUGACAAUGAAUGUAUUUACAAUGAAUUGUAAUCGCUAAGUUUUGAUAUUCAAGGUAAAAUAAAGUUUUACAUACUGAUCUAGCCCUCA